AUGCUUUUCCCGUUGAUCGUUAGUCUCUCGGCCAGUUUAGUUGCCGCAACUAGGGCUCAUACACUGUUCAUCAAGCCUCACGCCUUGUAUGGUUCUUCUGUUGGGGUACUAGGAUGCAAGAUAAACCACAAUCGUGUAGCGUACUGGCCGAGCGACGUCGACUGUGAUGCAAUCUGUGUUAAGGUGUCGCAUGGUGUUCGAAGCCUCCAUCUGUUGCAGGUUGAUGAGUCUCAGGGAUCGUAUGACAUCAGCUACGAUGCGUGGAACUAUCUGGUGACAGGAAAGUCCGCGCUAGAAGCACCGACUACUGGAGGUGGGGUUGAAAUGGACUACGAGUUUGUGGAGGCGGAGGAGUGCGUUCAUCUCCUCUCGCAUGGUAAGCUGCCACUGUCUGCAUCAAACAGCAUGACGUAUUUGGGUAAAUGUUUGUCUCAGCCUACUAGUUGGGUGGCGCAAAACUACGAACUCUACAACAUUCCGCAGGGGAAUGAUUGUCAGUAUGGUUACGACGAAACCUGUAUUGUAGACCUUGCUCUCGGCCUGAACCCAGUAUGUCCACAUAUUCUUGGCUUUCCCGCUGUUCUGAAGGGUCAUACUGUAGUGAACAUUCCGUAUCCCGUCGGGCAGUAGCUGAGAUCGAGACCCCGAUGUAAUUACUUUCCUUGUCAAUACGGAAUGCUCUUCUCUUAGGUGUGAUUCUCUUAGGCGUGAUAAGACUGAUCGGGAUACUCUGUGCCAGCUGUUGUCACCACUCUAAAGUUACACAUGAGAGAAGAUUCAGUCGCUGCCUAUACUAGUUUCCGUAGCGUGUCAUGCUGAAAGAAAGUUGAUUAACAACCAAAACCAAUCCGAGGCUGCUGAGCCAUGGGUAGUAACG